AGCCUGAAUUUCUGGAUGACUAUGCGAUGGCGUCAAAUGGCGUGUGUGCGUGAGCUGUUCUCAUAGAAAGUAAUAAUCUUUCGCUUGUCCCAUCCAUCCAGCAGGUUUUCUCUGUGUUUAUGUUUGGUGAUGGAAUAGGGAUAGGCAGGCUGGGCUGGAGUUUUGCAAAUAAUUGGAUUAUCCUUCACUUUAUCUAUUUGAAAUUAAUUACGAACGUACGAUUAACUUUACACAAACUACAAAUACGACACCGCCCAAAACUCGGGACACUGAUUUAGUAUUAAUUACUACUUUCGCAUUGCACAAUAAAAAGGGAGUCAUUUUAUAUCUAAUCCAGAACCUUCGUGACAUCAAAAUAACACUAUGGUCUGGGGGUUCGUCACUUGUGGUCCAAACCAAGCUCUUGUCAUCUCAGGAUGUUGUCACAGCAAGCCAUCUCUUGUCGCUGGAGGACGGGCUUUUGUGUGGCCUGUAAUUCAGCAAGUUCAGGAAUUACCACUGAAAACUAUGACCCUGCAAAUUGAAUCUGCCAAAGUAUACACCAGUCAGGGUGUGCCAAUUACGGUCACCGGAAUUGCACAGGUCAAGAUACAAGGCCAGAAUGAAGAAAUGUUAAUGUCUGCCUGCGAACAAUUUCUUGGAAAAAGCAUUAAGGAGAUCGAGAGAGUGGCUUUGGAGACGCUGGAAGGGCACCAGAGAGCAAUCAUGGGGUCCAUGACUGUUGAAGAAAUUUACAAGGACAGAAAGAAAUUUAGUAAAAAUGUGUAUGAAGUGGCAUCCGCUGACCUCAUGAAUAUGGGAAUUACAGUGAUUUCAUACACUUUGAGAGAUAUUCGGGAUGACCAGGGCUAUCUUCAAGCACUUGGUAUGGCAAGAACUGCAGAAGUUAAACGUGACGCACGUAUUGGAGAAGCAGAAGCACAGCGAGAUGCCACCAUUAAGGAAGCGCUGGCAGAGGAAGAGAGAAUGGCUGCAAAAUAUGUUAAUGACACUGAGAUUGCUAAAGCCAAGAGGGAUUUCGAGUUAAAAAAAGCUGCUUACGACUUAGAAGUCAAUACUAAGAAAGCAGAGGCUGAGAUGGCUUACGCACUACAGGCUGCAAAAACCAAGCAAAGGAUCGUAGAAGAAAAGAUGCAAAUUAAGGUGGUGGAACGCCAGCAAGAGAUUUCCAUUCAGGAGCAGGAAAUUCAACGUCGUCAAAAGGAACUGGAUGCAACAAUUCGCCGGCCCGCGGAGGCUGAGAAGUACAGGAUGGAAAAAAUCGCUGAAGCUCACCGGAAUCGGGUGAUAUUAGAAGCUGAGGCAGACGCAGAGGCAAUUAAAAUUAAGGGGGAAGCAGAGGCAUUUAGUCUAAAUGCACGAGGCUUAGCAGAGGCAGAGCAACUUGCACGAAAAGCAGAAGCCUACAAAUUUUACAAAGAAGCGGCAAUUGUUGAUAUGCUGAUGGAAGCAUUGCCAAAGAUUGCUGCCGAAGUUGCCGCCCCUUUGACUCAGGUUAACAAGAUUUCGAUGGUGAGCACCGGCGGUGAAAUAGGUGCUUCCCGAUUGGUAACCGAAGUAUUAGAAACCGUUUUGAGGAUGCCACAACUAGUGCAGUCCAUUACUGGCGUGGAUGUGACCAAGACUAUGACAUCUAGAACUGCUUAAGACCAAGCAAACGUUACAGUCUAGUCCGUUUUCGCCAUACUAAUAUGCUGCAUUUUUUUCCUGCCGAUGAAAAAGUAAUUAAAAUGAUUCGAAUGAUCUUGCUGGUAUUUUUUAUGCUAAACAUUGUUCUUGAUGAUGUCGUUUAUCAUUUCAAAGUUGCUUAAUAUUUCAAGUCUCCUUUAGUUUUACGUGUGAAAAAUAUUGUUGAGAUGAUUGAUUGAUAAAAUAUACAUACUUUUUGUAUAUACAGUUAGUGCUUACUUAUUUACUAGUUAUUAGUUUAGUAUAGUUAAUGUGUUAUAAGUUAAUGUGUACAUAACAUACGGACCAUUCAUUCCAUAUUCAUAGACAUCAAAUAAUAAUGACCUACAUAAAUUUGCUAUGCUUUCUAUGCUUUUAACUGUUUAUACAAGAAUAAACAUGCUUCAUGUCAA